AAAUGGCGGACAAGGGUACAUUUGUUGGCGCAAGGUUACGAGUGUCCACAAACGAAGGAGAUUAUGAAGGAACGGUCCAUAGCAUAGAUGUGGAAAAGAGGAAGGUUACGUUAAGUAAAGUGGUUUCAUGCAGCACAGGAAGGAAACUUCAUGGAUUUCAUCAUUUUUUCGGUCAUGAGCUAACCUCAUUGGAGCUGUUAGAAGAGGCUGAUAACAAUGCUUCACAGGAUCAACUGGCAGAGAAUGGCCAGAAGCAUGACAAUAAGAAAGAAAAACAACUCCAUGAGGAAAACUCUAACAUUGCAUCAAAUCAUUCAUUGCAAACGUCAUCUAAACCAGACAGAGGCUUUGGAGACAGAGGAGUAGCAAAAGCAUUUACAGAUGCUGGUAUUGGGAUCAAUUCAAAAUUAGGAGUAAAAAAGACAGCUGUUUCCAGUGGAUCUUUCUCCAGGGAUGUGAGCGAUGAAGGAGACAGUCUACUGAAAAGGCACCCUAUCAUAGCAGAGAAGUAUCUUUCUGACGCAACACUUGAUGAGGAAGUAAAGGAGAACACAAGUCCUAAUGAGCUCCCUGAUAUUGUGCCUAUUGAUUCAUUUGGGGAGUCAUUUGAGGAAGCAGUAAAAUUCAUCAGUAGACAGCGAGUUAUUGGUGUUUGCUGUGAAGGUGUAAAUCUCGGAAGGCUUGGAAAACUUUGCUGGCUGGUGAUUGGCUGUAGCAGAGUAAUUUACUUGUUUGAUGUUCUUACUCUUGGAGCUCCAUGUUUUGAUGAGGGAUUACAGGACAUUCUUGAAAGUGGAGACAUACUGAAGGUAUUUCACGACUGCAGACUGGCCAGUGAUGCACUAUUUCAUCAGUAUCAUAUCCACCUGAUGAACGUGUUUGAUACUCAGGUGGCGGAUGCGAUUAUUUACAAGAAUGAAAGAGGAGGAGAGCUACCCAGAUAUGUUAAUGGACUAGUGGCCUGUUUGUAUGAAUACUUGAACUUGUCACCUGAGAAUGUGUCCUUCCAGAAAGUGCGACAGAAAUUUAUGAAGACAAAUGCAUCUGUUUGGGCUGUAAGGCCUGCUCCAGAGGCUCUAGUAGAUGCCGCCGCUAAGCAUGUCAUGUAUCUAAGGGAGCUGCGGCUUGCUCAAAUGGAGAGACUAAUGGCAGAAUUUCUUUAUGGCGUCGAUAUUUAUCUGAGUAUUGCUCGAGAUUCCAAGGAGCUGAACCCCAAGGUGAAAGGUCAGCUGCUCCCUGCAAAGUUCAAAGAACUGAACCAUUUCAACUACAGACAUCGGUCGAGACGAUAUGAUGGUGACUUCCAUGAAGAUGCAAAGGGAGUCGUACCAGAGGACGUGCUGGCCAGUCGGGAGGCCUGGUGCGAAGGUGAUCAGUUCACGCAUGCGUAUGAGAAUAAAAAGGGGCGUGUGAAGGAAACUGUCAACUCUAUCUCCGUUCCCUUGAACAGACUGAAAGAGAAAUGGCGCGAAAGCGGGAGUGAUUCUGACGCAAGUAACGUCACUUCAGAAAGCAAUGGAAGCAGCAUGGAAGCAGCAUUACAGAAUCAAGGCGCUGCUGCUCCUGCUGUCAAGUCGUCUUCUGUUUCAAUUACAGCCCGCCCCCAGGAAAUAUUCAUAGAAAAAGACUUUCCACCACUGAGCAGUCGUGAAUCCGAGGGACCUGGGACCGUUCCUCGACAAAAGGAACAAAAUCGUCUAGAUUUGCAAGCCGAUAGAAGAAUGGAAGAAACCGUAAGAGAGACAGCCCAUGCUCUUGGGCCUGGACUACAAUCUAAUUCUGCUCAGCCACCAAGUCUCUUACUCCAACGUGCUAAUGCGCUUUUGAGGGAAUCUGCAUCCUUGCCUGGCCGCGGGCGGGCGGGAGCUUUGUUACGGCACGCCGCUCUCCCGGAAGUGAGAUUGCCCGGUGGAUCGGGAUAUUAUCACCACGAGGCAAGUGGUGCCGAUCGCUACGACGCAAACAGAAACGAAUUCCACUUUCCAGCUGAUGAAGAACUCCUCGCUGCCCCGGAGGUCGUUCCAGUGCCCAACCAUCACCUUGUUGGGGGAACAACAGUGAGGAUCAGAAAGACUUGACACAAUUUAUGUUGCGUGACGCGUGACCUAAAGGUUGCCGUUUGUUGCGGAACGCGUGAUCUAAGGAGUGAAGGUUACCAGGAAAGGUUUUUGCCGUAGGACAAAAGACGUUUUUCACGUCGCUUGUGCAUUACGCGCAAGGUUUUGCAGUUCUGCAUUGGAAUUUCGAAAGAGAUUUGUAUUGAGUACGAGUAGAAAGAAUGUUUUACUCUUAACUGAAUCUCGCAGAAAGUUUUUCAAGCAAGGGCUGUCAGGAGCUCGUUACUAGCGUUCUAUUAUACUAAAACUGUUUCUAUCAGCAAACGAGAAACGUCGUAAAUGUUUUUAAAUGUGUAUCAAAUCAAUCCCAUGUCAGGCUUUUUAUGUUCGAGUUGAUACCACUCAGAAACAUGGAAGAUGAGGAUGAAUUCUAAACUUGGAGUGAUGUCCAAACUACCGAGAUCUUCUCUUGAUAGAACAUCAACACUUAUUUACCCAGCGAUGUUUCCUUAAAAAUUCUCUCAACCCAGUUCCAAGAUCACACCGUUAGGGCGCAGAUCGGAGAAUCGAUGACAUUUCGGUGGAUCAAUGGCGAGAUCCGAGAAUGCGGACAAGUGACUCAGUUGUUAGUCAUCUGACUUUAUUAAGUAGCCUCUUUGUAAAAUUAGACGACCAAAAAGCGUUGGAGAAUUUUUGUGCUGUAACUCAUCUUUCUGGUUAGGAUCAACGCCAGUGGUCGUAUGACUGAAGGAACCUAUUCAAGUCGCGGUGUCCUUUCGGUCAUUGCGCUGGGGCUCGGGUUUGAGGCCUGGCCGUGACAUUGUGUUGUGUUCUUGGGCGAGACAUUGGAAUGGGUACCGGAAUUGUCAGGGAACCCUGAUGUAAUGCUGGGGGGUAGCCUUAGGAUGGACUGGCAUCCCAUCCAAUGGGGAGUAGUAAUACUUCUUGUCGCUUCAUCUCAUGGAGGAAACCGGGAUAAGCACUGGCUGGAUGGGACACUUGGCUUGACGGACUUUCUACUUGUAAAACGACUAGGACUGUUGCUGCAUUUCUACAGGGUUACAGUUUGCUGGUACCCCUGAAUACUUCUUGUUAGAGAGAGGCGUUGAGAAAAACGUACCCAUUGAACCAGGUUUAGGCUCAAACCUAGACCCCUCGCCGUGCUCGUUCCUGUUUACGUGUUGACAUGACAGCCAAUAGGCAACUGCAUUCUUAAACCUAAACGAGGAAAGAAUUCGAAAACUCGGAAACCUUCAUUUAUUGUUCAACCCUUUUUGGUAGUUUUCGGGGGCUUUGUAAUGUCUAUGUUUGACUAGUUGUGAUAAGUUUAUGUCUGUUAGUGAUAGCUGUAAAAUUAUGCUGAACAGCUUUAAACAGCUUUGCUGA